CCUGCAUUCUGAUUUUUAGGACUAGAAUGAGAUCACAGUAAACUCUGAAUGACUGUUGAUUAAAGAAGAUGUAUGGGUUUAUAGAGCAUCCUGAUAAAGUUGCUCGUUUUUGUAGAUAGAUUUUUUUUUUUUUUUGCAUCUCUCUACUGUACCUGUUUUUCUUGGCUGCUGUGAAACCUUUUUUGUAUUGAACCUGGAGGCCUUCGAAGUGUCUCCUUCUUUCCUCAAGAUCUCUCUGAUUUUUACGUGAUGGUUCCGAAGCGUGAUGUUAGGCCCAGUAGUUUGUGAUGUCAUCCCUGACCCCACCCUGCGAGGGCAACAGCUCGACACCCAGAUUUUUUGUUGGUGCCCGAGAUGAUGAGACAGACUUCCUGGAAUCAAACAUGAAUCCUAACGAGGUUGAUUUCUAUGAAGAAGAGGAAGAUGAGGAUGAGGAAGAUGCGCCUCCUGAACGUCAGAUUGUGGUGGGAAUUUGUGCCAUGACCAAAAAGUCCAAGUCUAAGCCCAUGACACAGAUCUUGGAGCGCCUGUGCAAGUUUGAUUACAUCACUGUAGUCAUUAUGUCCGAAGAUAUCAUCCUGAAUGAACCUGUAGAGAACUGGCCCAUUUGUGACUGUCUUAUUUCUUUCCAUUCUAAAGGAUUUCCACUCGAUAAAGCUGUUGCUUACUCAAAACUGCGUAACCCUUUUCUCAUCAAUGACUUGGAUAUGCAAUAUUACAUCCAAGAUAGGAGGGAAGUAUACCGAAUUUUGCAGCAGGAGGGAAUUGAUCUUCCUCGCUAUGCUGUACUUAACAGAGAUCCUGACAAGCCAGAUGAGUGUAAUCUAAUAGAAGGUGAGGAUCAGGUAGAAGUGAAUGGAGAAGUCUUCCCAAAGCCAUUUGUUGAAAAGCCAGUUAGCGCAGAAGACCACAACGUAUAUAUUUAUUACCCCACGUCAGCAGGAGGCGGAAGCCAAAGGCUUUUCAGAAAGAUUGGAAGUCGAAGCAGUGUUUACUCCCCAGAGAGCAGUGUUCGCAAGACGGGAUCCUACAUUUAUGAAGAGUUCAUGCCAACUGAUGGCACUGAUGUUAAGGUAUACACUGUAGGUCCAGAUUAUGCCCAUGCAGAGGCCCGCAAGUCUCCUGCUCUGGAUGGGAAAGUGGAGCGUGAUAGUGAGGGCAAGGAGAUCCGCUAUCCUGUCAUGCUCACUGCCAUGGAGAAGCUCGUAGCACGGAAAGUCUGCUUGGCAUUUAAGCAAACUGUUUGCGGCUUUGACUUGCUAAGAGCCAAUGGACACUCAUUCGUUUGUGAUGUCAAUGGUUUCAGUUUUGUGAAGAACUCCAUGAAAUAUUAUGAUGACUGUGCCAAAAUACUGGGGAAUAUAAUUAUGAGGGAGCUUGCUCCACAAUUCCAGAUUCCCUGGUCUAUCCCAACGGAGGCAGAAGAUAUUCCUAUAGUACCAACCACGUCUGGAACAAUGAUGGAGUUGCGAUGUGUAAUAGCGAUUAUCCGGCAUGGAGACCGCACCCCAAAGCAGAAAAUGAAGAUGGAGGUUCGACAUCCAAGGUUCUUUGAGUUAUUUGAACAUUAUGAUGGCUAUAAAACAGGAAAGCUGAAACUAAAGAAGCCAGAACAACUACAGGAAGUGCUUGACAUAGCAAGACUGCUGCUAUCAGAACUUGGAACGCACAGUGACUGUGAGAUUGAAGAGAGGAAAUCCAAGCUUGAACAACUGAAAACGGUCUUGGAAAUGUAUGGCCAUUUCUCUGGCAUUAAUAGGAAAGUGCAGCUGACAUAUUUGCCCCAUGGUCAUCCAAAACCAUCCAGUGAGGAUGAAGAUGCCCGGAAGGAUUCUCCAUCUCUACUGCUAGUCUUGAAAUGGGGUGGGGAACUGACACCGGCUGGGCGAGUGCAAGCAGAAGAGCUAGGACGGGCUUUCCGCUGUAUGUACCCUGGAGGGCAAGGAGAUUAUGCAGGGUUUCCAGGCUGUGGACUUCUGCGACUGCACAGCACCUACCGUCAUGAUCUGAAGAUUUAUGCAUCAGAUGAGGGUCGUGUACAGAUGACUGCUGCAGCUUUUGCAAAGGGCCUCUUAGCACUGGAAGGUGAGCUUACCCCAAUCUUGGUUCAGAUGGUCAAGAGCGCAAACAUGAAUGGACUCCUGGACAGUGACAGUGACUCCCUGAGCAGCUGUCAACAGAAAGUGAAGGCUCGUCUCCAUGAGAUUAUGCAGAAGGAUGUUGAAUUCUCCAAGGAAGAGCAAGAAAAGCUGGCCCCAACUAGCAGCACAUCUUUGCUUAACUCCAUUGAAGCAAUAAAGAACCCAGUGAAAAUCUGCGACCAAGUCUUUUCCCUCAUUGAAAGUCUUACUUCUGAAAUCCAACAGCGUCUGGAGGAUCCAAAAUCUGCAGACCUACAGCUGUAUCAUAGUGAGACUCUAGAGCUGAUGUUGCAACGAUGGAGCAAACUGGAAAGAGAUUUCCGAAUGAAAAAUGGUCGUUAUGACAUAAGCAAGAUUCCCGACAUUUAUGAUUGUGUCAAAUAUGAUGUUCAGCACAACAGCAGCCUAAACAUGGAAGGAACAGAUGAGCUUUUUAAACUCUCCAAAUCAUUGGCAGAUGUUAUAAUUCCACAGGAAUAUGGCAUUAAUAAAGAGGAGAAACUGGAGAUUGCAGUUGGAUACUGUCUUCCUCUCAUUAAUAAGAUCCAACUAGACCUGCAGAGAACCCAUGAGGAUGAAUCUGUAAACAAGUUGCACCCGCUCUAUUCCAGAGGAGUUCUGUCUCCAGGUCGUCAUGUCAGGACGCGGCUUUAUUUUACCAGCGAGAGUCACGUACACUCCUUAUUGAGCAUUUUUCGCUAUGGAGGACUCUUGGAUGAGUCUAAAGAUCAGCAGUGGAAAAGAGCAAUGGAUUAUUUAAGUGCUGUGUCAGAGCUGAACUACAUGACACAAAUUGUUAUCAUGCUAUACGAAGACAACAAUAAGGACCCAUCUUCAGAAGAGAGAUUUCAUGUAGAGCUGCAUUUCAGUCCAGGAGUCAAAGGCUGUGAAGAAGAUGAAAAAGCUCCCUUGGGAUUUGGAUUUCGACCGGCUUCUGCUGAAAGUGAAGAUAAAAAGACAGACCCAGGUAGUCUGGAAGACUUGUCCAAGGUAAAGGGCGCAGAUGAUGUUGACAGAUCCAUACUGAUGUCACCACUUCCGUCUGAGCCAAUCGGCAUCCUUAGAAAGUCUCCCCUAACCCGUGCCAGGAAGACUGGGUCAAUGGAGGUGAUGAAUGCCAGUAACACAGGGAGUUUGGAAUUCAUGUCAAAUAAAGGGCGCCGGAGGAGAAAAUCGGGAGAACCCCAUCACUCCCCUUGCUCCAUCACUCUGCAGUCCAGAGCCAUGUCCAUCUCUAACCUGGCAUCAUGGCGACAGGUACUCUCCGAAACAUCCUCCAAGGUAGGAGGCUACCGUCUCUUCACUACAUAUCCUAGGCAUUCAUCAGAAAUGAAGCAAAGUGGUCUAGGAUCACAGUGCACUGGUCUGUUCAGCACCACAGUGCUGGGAGGCUCCUCCAGCGCUCCAAACCUACAGGACUACGCACGCAGCCACCGCAAAAAAAUCAGCGCCGCUGCCAGCUUGACUUACAAAGACGAACUGUUGUCUAUGCCAGCUGUAAAACGAUUUUCUGUGUCGUUUGCAAAGCAUCCGACUAAUGAAUGCCUGGAAGGCCACGAGGUCGCCCCGCUGCUGCGCCACUUUUCCUCUGACUACCCUCAGACUCGGAACAUCUGUCUGGAUGGGGCAAUGGCCCACCACCUGCACCAGUGCUCCUACCACCUGCGUCUCUUCAAGAACUGGCUGAUUUCGGGCCAGGACGAUUUGGAGUGCCUCUACGGUUUUGAGGGGUGUUCUAUGGUCCCCACUAUUUAUCCUCUGGAGACUCUCCACAAUUCUUUGUCUCUCCGACAAGUCAAUGAAUUCUUGUCUUCUGUAUGUAAACAGUUUGCUGAAACCCAUUCAAGAGGAUCUUCAGCUGGAUGUGACUCAAACCGCCACACACCUGGCGAUGCUUACCUGCCCCACAGAAUCCUCUCCUCUUCUUCACUUCCCCUGCGCCAUCGUUCAGAAAGGCCACCCUGGUACAGCAGUGGACCUUCUAGCACUGUGUCAAGUGCUGGUCCUUCAUCUCCAACUUCUAUAGAUCUCUCAUCACGUUUCAACUUUAGUGAUAAGACUUCACUAACUGAGGCGCAGAGAAGAAAGUUGAAUCUUGAUGACAACCUUCAGCCAACACAUAUACAAGGUGAAGAGACUUCCAGUAGUCAGGAGGUAUGCCACGACUUGCCUCCAGUAGAAGAACCAUCGAGUCUUGACUCCACCUACCUAGCACAGCAGCCUCUGUGUGAUGUGGCACCAACAUCACAACCAUGUAUGGAAGGAGAAGUGAUCAUUGGCAUAGAAGCACCAGGCAACCCCUCCUUGCCAUUUCCACAAUCAGGAAGUGAAACUACUGCAACAGAGAGCAUCAAUUUUGAAAUUCAGACACAUCAACAGUCAGUACUGGAUGAACAAAUGCUGAUAGAAUUAUCUUUACAUGGUCAAGAAACCUCAUUGUAGACCAUAGGUGAAAUAAUGAAAGGCUGAGCAGUUGUGGAUGGAUCCACUAACCACUUACAAACUCUCUGCCAGCAUAAACACUGGUUUGUGCCCAAGAUAACUGCCUGGGUAUUUACACUGUAGUAUUCAAAAGUUGAGUUCUAUUCCACCAACAUGUUAAACACAAUUCUCCAUCUGCAUCAAAGCCUACUGAACAUAUUUAUUCAUGGAUGGAGGAUUAUUUAAUCAUCACCAUAUAUGGUUUACCACCCUUUAUAUAAA